UCUUCAGAUUCAACGCAAAGCCGAUAAAUCUCAGAAACCCCCUUUCAGACCCGCCAUUGAUGACACCAAGCCCGUUCUUCAGGACCCAGAGGCUCAAUCACGGGCGUCAAGAAGACACUGCAGCGUUGAUUAACAAUGCUUACACCUUUGUGUCUGUACCAAAGGCAAUGGCUUUAGACAAAACACGAGGAGCUGUAUGCCGAAACUGUCUUGGCAGUGGCGCUGUUCUUUGAAAAUGGAAAGCUCUCAACUGAAAACGAGCUAAAGUCGUCUCUGAGUUUACAGAAUGUCCAAACUGUUACGGUUCGUUCGCUCCUUUUCUUGCUAUUCUAUUUGGUCUACUCAUCAAACGGAUCUGUUUGGCAUCAGGGAUCUGGAUUUCUCCGCGGUGGCUACUCCGUGUUUCUUUUUCCGCGUUGGUAAACAACAGGUUGAGACUCAGUCAUCUUCUGCAGAAAAGAGUGAAAAGGAGAAAGGGGAGAAAGAGGGAGAGAAGGGAGAAAAACCAGAGCAAGGGGAGCUAGGGAAACCAAAGAGGGACAGUCCUAGACGUACCCUGAGGGUGUUUUCGAUGUGGGACGGAACAGAAGACUCAUACAAGGUUGGAAAGAUCAACCCAAAGCUCAAGAACAAGAUGCAAUCAACGAAUCAUCGAGAUAACACAAUCACAUCGAUGAAAACGAGCUUACACAGACGCAACUCAAACCACUCACCUUUGAACAGAUUCGAAUCUGAUUUUUGGCCGGAGUUCGUGGUGUUUUCCGGUGAUUCCAAUACCGGAGAUCCUUCUAGACCUUCUAAGGCUGCCCCUCUUUGCUUUCUAGAGCUCCCUUCCUCUUAUCUCCCUCUCUUUCUCUUCCUAUCUCUCUCUUUCUUCUCUUUCUCCUAAGUUUUUCCUCUGCAGAGAAAAUGGCUGAGAUGCCAUCUUUGCAGGUGUUUUUCUUCGACAAGGACGAGUCAAAUGGGCUCUAGCUCAUUCCCACUGUAAAGCCUGCAUCGUGAAGGGUCCAGGGGUGGUCGCGACGCAUCAUUUGGCUGCCUACACGCGGCGAAAAGGGUGGUCAAAGUCGGCAACUCGAGCUGGAUUGCACAUGUACCUGUCGUGGGCUGGACCGGUCGGUCUGACACUUGGACCGGUCGGUCCAGGCAUCCUGUUUCAUCGUUCUCUCGUCUCUUUCGCGCGUGGUGAUGCCCGGACCUUUUCCCGGUACCUUAGGGUCCAUUUUUAAGGUUUUUAAGACCCGUCGAUCUAAUUCUUCUCUUCUUCUUUUUUUCGCGGAACUAAUUAAAUAUUUGAAUCCGGAUUCGGGG